AAUAAGAUCCAAACCCGAACCCUAAACCUCCGCCGUGCUAUAAACGUGUCGCCCGUAGCCCUGCAGAAUCAAUCGAAGGCGGCGCCGGCGGCAAAAAUGAGCAUCACCGACGGAGCUCCGUACGACUCCGACGAAGAGCAAGAAGGGGAAGAGGUUUUCCUUGACGACGAUGACGUCAUCCAAGAAAUCCCCGUCGACGACGAGGAUCUCCCCGAUCGAGACGAUUCCGACGUCGAAGAAGAAGAAGAAGAAGUCGACGAUUCCUUGUUUGUGUUCAGAAAUCACACGGAUGAGGUUUAUGCUGUAGCCUGCAGUCCGAUCGAUGAGGGUUUGGUCGCGACUGGAGGGAAAGAUGAUAGAGGGUUUUUGUGGAGGAUUGGGAGUGAGACGCCAUUGUUGGAGCUUCAAGGUCAUGGUGACACAGUUUCUACCCUAGCUUUCAGUCCCGAUGGACAACUACUAGCCUCUGGAAGUUUUGAUGGAACUAUUUUAGUGUGGAACUUACAAUCUGGGAGUAAAAUUGUUUCUCUUGAAGGUUCAGGGGGAAGUGUUGAGUGGCUCAAAUGGCAUCCUAGAGGACAGUUGAUAUUAACCGGAUCAGAAGAUGCUAGUGUUUAUUUGUGGAAUGCUGAGAAAGGGGUCAUGCUUAACACAUUCUCCGGUCAUGGUAGCAGUGUCACUUGUGGCGACUUUACACCUGAUGGUAAAACUGUCUGCACUGGGUCUGAUGAUGCAUCAUUGAGGAUAUGGAACCCAAGAACUGGGCAGAGUAUUCAUGCAGUUAAAGGUCAUCCAUAUCACACUGAUGGACUCACAUGCUUAUCAAUAACUUCCGAUUCUACAGUUGCUAUUACUGGAUCGAAAGAUGGUUCGGUUCACAUGGUGAACAUAACGACUGGGAGGGUGGUGGGUUCAUUAAUGUCUCACUCAAGCUCUGUUGAAUGCAUUGGACUCUCAAGAAGCGGCCCUUGGUGUGCAACUGGAGGCAUGGAUCAGAAACUCAUCAUCUGGGAUCUCCAGCAUUCUUCUGUUCGCUGCACUUGCGAUCAUGAAGAAGGCGUAACUUGCCUUUUAUGGCUUGGCGCGUCAAAAUACAUAGCUACAGGCUGCGUUGAUGGAAAGGUUCGAGUUUGGGACAGUCUCUCUGGAAAUUGCUUGCGAAUAUUCAGUGGCCAUACGGAUGUUGUUCAGUCUCUGGCAGUAUUGAAGGAUGGCAAAUCUAUUAUUUCUGUUUCUAGUGAUGGAACCGCCCGUUUGUUUGGGAUCUCAGAGUUUCAAUAAGAUUUGAGAUUGGGUAUGUAUUUCAAGAAAACUGAGUUUAUACAGUGUGGUUGUAAUUUGUAUUUUUGAAGAAUAUUGUAACAUGGACAUAAGUCACUGAUGAUUUAUAUAUUUAUUUGAUAUCUA